GGUUGAUGUGGGAAUGAGAGAAAGCGGGACUGAGUGUGUGUGAGUGAGAAAGUGGGAGAGUACUCCCAGUGCAGUCUGAUCAGUGUUACGGUCUCCGUCUCACUAUGUGGAUUACAGCUCCCACUGCUUGCUGGAUUGCCAUUCCCAUUACUGGGAACGUAAACUGAACGAGAGCAGAGGAUUUCUACUCAAGUGUUUUGAUUUUGACAGCAGUGACUUCAACUCCAAGUGUGAGGAGGACUUUUACAUUUGAUUAGGACUGCUGCAGAUGAUAAGGGAGAUGAAUGGCCGUGCCUUGCCUCCGUCGAUACCUGAGGAUGGAGAAGCCCCAGACCAUGUAACUCAUGGGGAAAUGAACGGAUACCACCAGAGGAUUCGGGAUGGGGAUGGGGGAGAGGCUGAGGUCCCGGUGUCAAAGUCCCAGAGACGAAAGAGUGAUGUCAAAGUCUAUAAGGAGUUUUGUGAUUUUUAUGCUCGCUUCAACAUGGCCAAUGCUCUGGCCAACGCCAUGUGCGAGCGCUGCAAGAGUGGUUUCGCCCCGGCGGAGAAGAUCGUGAACAGCAACGGGGAGCUUUACCACGAACAGUGCUUUGUGUGUGCCCAGUGUUUCCAGCAGUUCCCUGAGGGACUCUUCUAUGAGUUUGAAGGCAGGAAAUACUGUGAGCAUGACUUCCAGAUGCUGUUCGCUCCCUGCUGCCACCAGUGCGGUGAGUUCAUCAUCGGUCGUGUGAUCAAGGCUAUGAACAACAGCUGGCAUCCAGACUGUUUCUGCUGUGAUAUCUGCCAGGCUGUGCUCGCCGACGUUGGAUUUGUCAAGAAUGCUGGAAGGCACCUGUGUCGUCCAUGUCACAACCGAGAGAAAGCUCGUGGCCUCGGCAAGUACAUCUGUCAGAAGUGUCACGCCAUCAUCGAGGAGCAGCCUCUCCUUUUCAAGAAUGACCCCUACCACCCGGAUCAUUUCAACUGCAACAACUGCGGUAAGGAGCUGACAGCUGAUGCCAGGGAGCUGAAGGGGGAGCUCUACUGCCUGCCCUGCCAUGACAAGAUGGGUGUCCCCAUCUGCGGUGCCUGUAGGAGACCCAUCGAGGGCCGUGUGGUUAACGCUAUGGGCAAGCAGUGGCAUGUGGAGCAUCAUGUGUGCACUGUGUGCGAGCGCCCGUUUCAGGGCCACCCGUUUUAUGAGCGAGGUGGUCGAGCCUAUUGUGAGAGACACUUUGACAUGCUGUUUGGAGAUGUUUGUUACCACUGCAAUCGUGUUAUCGAAGGAGAUGUGGUGUCUGCCCUCAACAAGGCGUGGUGUGUCAACUGUUUUGCCUGCUCUACCUGCAACACCAAGCUCACCCUCAAGGAAAAGUUUGUGGAGGUGGAUCUGAAGCCGGUGUGUAAGCACUGCUAUGAACGCCUGCCGGACGACAUGAAACGCCGGCUUGCAAAGCGGGAACGCGACUCAAAAGAGAAGAAAAAGAAAUUGAUACCCAUGUGUCUGUGAUCCUCUAUUUCUCCUUUCUUCUCACUUCCACUGUUCUUCCUUUGGAACAAGUUUGUGGAGUUUGACAUGAAGCCAGUGUGCAAGAAGUGCUAUGAGAAGUUCCCGCUGGAGCUGAAGAAGAGACUGAAGAAGCUGUCUGAAACUGUUGCACGAAAGUAACCACACAGUUGAGAUGUCAUGUGUCUGGAAUGUACCAAACCAUAUGAUGACUUGUGUGUUUUGUAUGAAGUGGUGGGUGGAAACGAUCAUGUUUUAUUUUCAGUACAACACUCCAUAUUUUUUUUCCUUUUACUUACAGAUAAUCUUUUCAUGGGCCUCAAGCUGACAGAUUGUUGGUGUGUCUAUCAUUAUGUUUAACAUUAACCUGUUCAGUGCCUUUUGGCUCAAAUACUGCACUGUAUACUUUUCACAAGCUUGCCUUAUUUCAUCACGUAAACUUAACCAAAACACAGAUGUUGGUGGGCCUGUAUUUCAAAAUAUGUAUGUGCUUUAAAACAACAUGAAAAUGAGAGAAUAAAAAGUGUAUCUCCAAGCUAUAAAUGUGCUUGCAUACAUGCGCCAUGAUGCCAAGCAACGUGUCCUGUGUUUGACUAAUGUUACUUACUCCUGUAAAAUUAUUGAUUAAAUCCAAAGAAAGUUGAAGACAAUAUGGUUAUUUCGAAUGUGUAUAGCAUCUCUAUUGUAUUCUUUCCCACCAACUUACCGUUUUAUAUAUUAUUAUAUUAUUAUUUUCUUGAAUUUAUGCGCAAUACUUUUCUUUUGAGCUCUAUCAAGCAGAUUAUUGUAUGUUUUUUUUCUUUGAAAUCUUACUUUGGUUUCUUUAAUGCUACAUUAUUGCUCUCAACCGUUACAUGUAUCCUGUUGGAUUACCUUUUUAUGUUGUAUGCAUUUCAUGUGUGAAACCAUCUGUACACUGGUGUUAACAUAUAUAGCUGGAGCCAAGCUCCCUCUUUCAAUAUAAUGCAAUCUAGUACAACAGCCCUGGAAUAGAAAGCAAGUUUAUAAUGUUCCACUUUUGUUUCAUCUGCUGCCAUUAACAGUUAAUAACAGAGAAUUAUAAAUACAUUUAAAGGUAUCCAGUGCACGUUUAAGAAAUACCUUUGACACAUUGUCAACUAACACUGAUGAUUAAAAUGUUCACUUUGACAGGGUUUACUGCAUGGCAACUGUUAACUCUUGUUUGUUACAACAUGACGCCUUGUGACAUGUGCAACGACCGGAUGUGGGAGUAAUGUUAGAUGUUGAACAUGUGUCUCUGCUGUUUGUAAUCCAGAGAAAGCGAUCCUCUUAAAGAGGUUUACCGACUUCCUCAAGGCUCAGACCUCUUAGAAAAUAAAGCCAACUGUUGUAAAUGAGAGAGAAUAAUUUCCAUUCUGAAAUAAAGUUUCACUCAAGCAGUAUUUUAUCAUAACAUUUCAGCCUUUAACACAGUGGUCAAGAAGAGAAAGACAUUCCAUGCUACCAUGGGAAUAAGAAGUCCAAUGUUACUUCAGUGAAUUUCAUUGCUGUAUGCCAAAAUAUUUAACAUGUCAUGUCACACUAUCCACUGGACUGUUGUGAAGCAGAACUUCAGCUCCACUAAAAAUAGUUCAGUGGAUAUUUUUAUUUGAUAUCCUAGUACCUAGAUGACUGCAAUGCCUCCACACAAAACGACAUUGCCCUUAUACUGUACUCACAAUGCUUGUCAAAAGACAGUAUUUAUUCAUUUCAUGUUAACACUCAAAGUGCUGUUUUUUUUAAAUAUAUCUGUGAAAGGCUGUCUACUCAUCUGAAUAAAUAUAUAUUCAAUCCCA